AUGGCUUUAACUGAGUACGACAUCCAACAUGUCACUCAAAAAGCUAUCAAAGGGAGUGAACUGUAUGAUUAUCUUGCACAUAAACCUUUGGAGGGCUGCCAGUCUAUGCGCUUUGAAUACCCCGAGGAAGGACUAGAACCUGAGUCUCGGUGGACACUUGUGUUUGAUGAAGCUUCUAACGCUCAUGGAAAUGGCAUUGAGGCAAUCAUCACAUCCCCAAAUGGUUUUCACCUACCUUUCACGGCAAGGUUGUGCUUUGAGUGUACCAACAAUAUGGCGGAGUACGAGGCUUGUAUCUUCGGUAUAGAAACUACUAUUUAUCUUAGGAUCAAAACUUUGGAUGUCUACAGAGAUUCGGCCUUGGUCAUCAGCCAAGUCAAAGGAGAUUGGGAAGCCAUAAAUUACAAGUUAAUCCCUUACAAGGAGCAUGUUCUAAAGCUGAUCCUGUACUUUGAUGAGAUUACCUUCCAUCACAUCCCUAGAGAGGAAAAAUCAGUUGGUCGACACCUUAGCAACUCUUUCAUCCAUCUUUAA